AUGAAAAAUUGUUUAUCAACCAACUUUAACUCCUCAUCUUUUAGUCAUCCUCAAUUAACUAUUUACCUAUAAUCGUAAAACCCUAUGCAUGUCACUAUUUCUUAAGCAUCUUCGCUUAAUAAAAUAAUUAAGUUAGUAGCUGGAAUGAAGACGUCAUAAAAAAUUAGGGUUUUUGAUCACUAAUGCUAAGAAAUUUUUGAGGAAGAUUUACAAUAUUUGAAACAGAAUGGUAAACUAUUUGUGACAACAAAUGGUAAGAAACUGGAUAGCAAAUAUAUCCUUUUUGAACAUAUUCCUAAGUCUCUUAUAUGUAAAGGAGGUUAGGCCACUAUAAUGCACAUUUAACACAAAAUUACUAAUGAGGAUAAAAUUAUAAAGUUCUUAAGUGAUGAUUAAAAAAGUUAAUACUUAUAUAUAGCCAGAGAAGCAGUCAUUUUAGAAUAAUUGAAACAUAAAAAUAUUGUUAAAUUGUAUAGUUAUAAACUAUUUCCAAAUAAAUCAGAAGCAGUCUUAGAAAUGGAAUAUUUAAAGGGAGAAACUUUAUUAGAUUUUGUUGUAGGUAAAAUAUUUUUAAUAUAUUUUAGAAAAUGGUCCAUUAAAUGAGAAAAUUGCCAGAUAUUUAUUUAAUUAGAUAUUAGAUGGAUUAGCGUAUAUGCAUAGAAAUAAUGUAAUUCAUAGAGAUUUGAAAUUGGAAAAUAUACUUUUUACAGAUAAUACUAAAUUUUAAGUAAUUAUUUAAAUUUUAAAGUAGAUUAAAAUUAUUGACUUUGGUUUAGCAUAUUUAUCAGGUACUGGUAUACCAUUUGAUGAACCCUUGAAUGUUGGAACAGUUCAAUACAUAUCCCCUGAGAUAUUAUCAGGAAAAUUAAAGAAAAUAAACUUUUGUUAGGAUAUUUGGGCAUUAGGAAUUCUAUUAUUUUAUUUAAUAUUUGGACAGUAUCCUUUUAAUGGAAAAAAUAAUGCCGAAAUAUUUAUUAGUAUAAGUGAAGGAAAAUAUAGGUUUCCUAGAUAAGUAAGUUUUGAAUUAGUAACUUUGAUCAGAGAGCUUUUAAAUCCUAAUCAUAAAAGUAGAAUAAAAUUAUAAGACAUUUAAAAGAAUAAGUGGGUUUAAGGAUUAGUAUAAGAGAAUCUAUAAUUGAGUAUUCCAUUUUCAGAUUUAGAAACAACUUUAAAAGAGCAAUACAAUAAUGAAGUUUCGAACAAAGAAUAAUAAAAUGAUUGCUAGAAUUAAUCAAAAAGAUAAGAAUAAGAUUUAAUUUUAGAAUAGAUUUGUACAUAGAAAAUGUAAAAAUAAUGA